GAAUUUAAAACUGUUGCUCUGAUUUGUCCUUGUCUUUUUUCAAGUAAAACAAGGAUGCAAAGAGAAGCAAACAAUCCUUAUUGAUUGUUGUUUACUAUCAUAAUUGAAAUGCUUUUGGUGUUUUUGUUUUGAUUAACAAAAAAAUUAAGUUCUCCCCAAGGCCUACUUGGAUUGGACAAAUAAUGGUGAAAAGUAAGUUUCACAAAAAUUCUAAAUCUGCCUGAUAGUAGUUAAUUUACAUUUUUUCGUUCGUAUUUUGAAAGUAAAGUGGUGACUUAAAAAAGUAGUGACCCAGCUACAAGGUGCCAUUUUUUACUCUGUCUAUUAUGUUCUAUGCUCUAUAAUUAUUAUGUAUUAUCCUUGUGGUGGUAGGUGAGGGAUCUGUCAAAAUAACUUCAGUCAGACUGGAUUGGCUUAAAACUAAUUUCCUGUUUUUUUAUAUUCAGCUUCUCAAUUUUAUUUGAUGCAUAUUUUUUUUUCUCUUUCUUCAAACUUAGUUUUUUCUUCAGCUAGACAAAGUAGCGACGGUUCCUCUACAUCAACAAGUCAACCACAACCACCAGCAGAGUUUUCUGUAGAGAAAAUUUUAGAUAAAAGAACUCGCAAUGGAAAAGUCGAAUACUUAUUGAAAUGGAAAGGAUACAAUGAGGAGGAUAAUACGUGGGAACCACAAGAAAACUUGGAUUGUCCUGAAUUAAUAUCUGCCUACGAGGCCCAAAACAAUCAAGUCAUGGCUGAUGCAGAAGAUAAAAACAAAGGAAAAAACAUAACUGAAGACAAUAGGCCUAGAGGAUUCGAUAGAGGCUUAGAACCAUUAAAAAUAGUUGGUGCAACAAAUGCUACAGGAGAAUUGCUAUUUUUGAUGAUGUGGAAAAAUUGCAAAGAAGCAGAUUUAGUGCCAUCAAGCCAAGCAAAUGCUAGAUGUCCCGAAGUAGUUAUUAAGUAUUAUGAAAACAAAAAACUAUGGCAUACAGUGGACCCAAUUAUAGAACUUGACUAAAUUGAGUUGAGCUCAUGAAUUGUGGACAUUAAUUUUUACUUUAAUAAAUAAAACUAACUAUGGAAUGAGAAAAAUGUUAUUUUUAUUUAUGAAUUUUCACUUUCCUUAAAUUUGCACUUGGUGCAAGUAUAAAAAACUGUUUGCCCUUCAUCAGCGGACCUCAGUUGUAAUGUAGCGUAAGACAUUUUUUCAUUACCACACUUGGGACAUUUCCUUUCCACAAUGGGCCCCUCUUCUUCGUCUUCACCAGUUUUAUCUGCUUGUUUGCCUUUUGUAGAGCGAUCAUUAAAAUGUAUUGUAUAAUGAACUUUACUGUUGCUAUCGAUAAGCACUAAAAUAUGAAUUAAAUGUUUAUAAGGUCUAAAUAAUAAUAAUGUGCUUACUCUCGGGAGCAAAAACCCUAGAACAUGAAUAGCAUGUAACGUCACCAGUGCCUCUCAAAGGCGGUAAAAUGGAACCGCAGUCUGAACAAAAUCCUGCUACUUUUUGAAAGGAAUCGGUCAUGUUUUCAGGACUUGAGGUUGUAGAGAAAAAAUCAAAAAACAAACAAAAUAGAACCAAUGUUCUUGUUCUUUUAUAAUAUUAAUUGAGGUUAGAAUUAUCUUUUGUGAAACUGAAACUGUCUGGCCGCCACGCCAUAUUGAAUUUGACAUUGUGG